AAUCAAAUAGAUUUUACAUUUCAAACAUAGAAAAAUUUUAAAAAUAUUUGCUUUAGCGUGACACAUGUUGUUUAUUGAUCAAACAACUUAUCUAAAGUAAGUGUACUUUAUUUAUAUUUCAAGAAUGCAUACGUUUGUGCAUAGACUUAUUUUUUGUGCAAAAAUUACAGAUUAUGAGAAUAUAAUACAAGUAUUUGAUAAUUCAAUAAAGAAAAAUAUUACACGACAUAUUACAGGAUUACUGCUUGUUUAUUCUGAUUUUGUGAUUCAUUUAAUCGAAUCUUCAGAAGAUGGUGGAUUUCAAUUGUGUCACGAAGUAUUUAUUAACAAUUCCGGCAUAAUGACGGAUAUUAAAUGUUUGUACAUACAAAAUGAUGCAAACAAAAGAUUUUUUAAGAAAUGGUAUUUCCAGAGAAUGAAUGAUGAUGCAUUAAAGAAUGACGAAUUAGAAAAACUUGAGGAUAGCUUUGAAAAUAUUUGCUCUAUAUAUGAAGUAAUAAUUUUAAAUUUGUUUAAAUUGUAUAUUGAAUUAUGGAAUAAAUGGAAAUUAGAGAAUUAUGAAAAUUUUAAUGAAUAUUUGAAUUUAAUAGCUGUAAACGGUCAUUUGAACAUUCCAUCCAGGAGAAAUAUAAAAUUUGUACUUCAAAGUGUCUGGGGAUAUAACUUAACAUCACUGGUAAAGGAUUAUUAUAGUUUAAACUAUGCCUGCAAUUUAGACGAUUAUUCGCCAGUCUCCGAAAUAAUACAAGAAAUUGAUUAUAAUUAUAACAAAUAAGUUUGGAAAGUGUUAGUUACAUAAUAAAAUAUACGUCGAAAGAAAAUUGUGAACUAUAUCUCAAUAAAUUCUUAGUUAAAUAUA